AUGACGUGGCUGCUUGAUGUGGCAGGUGACUUGGCUGCUGACUGUGUCGAACGGCUGACGUGGCAGUGUCGAAUUGCAGGAAACACGCAGCCUGGUGCAGGAGCUAGCUCUUCUGGAGGGCUUACAGGCAACACAAAUGAGACUCCAGGAGAUCCAUUACCUACUAGCUCUACAAAGCUAGUGGGUCAAGCAUUUGAACAGAAUACAAAUCUGAUAUGGUCUUGGUUAAUGGAUGAUGAAGUCUCGACAAUUGGCAUUUACGGAAUGGGAGGAGUCGGUAAAACGACAAUGAUGAAACAUAUCCAUAAUAAGCUUCUAGAAAGACCAGGCAUUUCUCAUUGCGUGUACUGGGUGACUGUGUCUCAGGAUUUCAGUAUUGGAAGAUUGCAAAAUCAUAUUGCUAAAUGUCUUGGCUUGGAUCUUUCAAAUGAACAUGAUGAUCUGUGUAGAGCUGUUAAAUUGUUAAAACAACUAAGAAAGAAACAAAAAUGGAUUCUCAUUUUAGAUGAUUUGUGGAACACUUUUGAGUUACACGAAGUGGGAAUUCCUGAGCCAGUCGAUCUAAAAUGUUGCAAGCUGAUUAUGACAAGUCGAUCUAAAAGGGUUUGUCAAUGGGUGGAUAGACGACGCGAAAUCGAAGUGAAGCCACUUUUGAAGAGUGAAGCUUGGAAUUUGUUCAGGGAGAAACUUGGACAUGACAUAACACUUUCUCCGGAAGUGGAACGAAUUGCAAUGGAUAUUGCAAGGGAAUGUGCUGGUUUGCCAUUGGGUAUUAUUACAAUGGCAGGAAGCUUGAGGAGAGUGGAUGACCUACAUGAGUGGAGGAAUACAUUGAAGAAAUUGAAAGAAUCAAAAUGUAGGGACAUGAAAGAUAAGGUAUACUGUGCAUUAUUUCCUGAAGAUCAUGAGAUUGUAAGGAAGGAGUUGAUAGAUUAUUUGAUCGAUGAGGGGGUAAUUGAAAGAAUGGAGAGCAGGCAAGAAGCGGUUGACGAGGGCCACAGAUAUUGA